AGGCAGGCUGUUGGGAGCCUUGGAAGUAGUGGCUGCUGCGAGGGCAAGGCAAAAAGUAGGCUAGUACAGGCAAAAACUUUUACGGAGGUAUGGAGAAGUUUAGGUCCCGUAAAAAUAUUUUACAUGUUCAUAGUGUCAAAGGAAUACGGUCGAGGAAUUGGAUUUAAGGACUAACCUCUGACUAAACCGUACAACAUUGUCCUUGGGUUGUAACUUUUACUAUAUUGGAUUUUCUCGCGCUUUUCUCAAAAACUUGGGGAGGACUUCAGUGUGGCUAAAAUGUCCGCAUCUAUGCAGCCUCUCAACGCUGCGAUGUAUGCGGUCGUUUUCUUACUGUUUUCCCGAAUAGAACUUAUACUUGGAUAUGAUGAAAACACAAGGACGUGUCCGUCUCCAUGCACAUGUUUUGGAGACCUGUUGGACUGCAGUCGGUUGAAAAGGCGUGGAAUUCCUGAAAAUCUUCCCGAAUGGACCGUACAAUUGGACCUGAGCCAUAAUAAAUUGCAGUCGCUCGACAGCACUGUGUUUAGGAAACUGCGGCACYUAAGUGAGAUAAAGCUAAACAACAAUGAGCAAACAACAGAAUCACGCAGAUCUCUCUGGAGCAGCUGAGGCCCCUGCAACGCCUGGAGACCCUGGACCUCAGCAAUAACAGCAUAGUGGAUAUCAAGGCUGACUCCUUCCCUGCGCUGCCUCUCAAGAACCUUAUCAUGAACAACAAUCGCAUUUCCACCCUGGAAACGGGCUGUUUUGUCAACCUGUCCAGCACUCUGCAGGUCCUCAGGCUCAACCGCAACCGCCUCUCAACCAUCCCUGCCAAGAUCUUCCAGCUCCCCAACCUCCAGCACCUGGAGCUGAACAGGAAUCGGGUGCGCAGGGUGGAAGGCCUGACGUUCCAYGGUCUGCACGCGCUGCGCUCGCUGAAGAUCCAGAGGAACGGUAUCAGCCGCCUGAUGGAUGGAGCCUUCUGGGGCCUCAGUAACAUGGAGGUCCUGCAGCUGGACUACAACAACCUGACGGAGGUGAGUAAGGGCUGGCUGUACGGCCUGCUGACUCUGCAGCAGCUCCACCUGGGCCACAACGCCAUCAGCCGGAUCCGGCCCGACGCCUGGGAGUUCUGCCAGAAACUCAGCGAGCUGGACAUCUCGUCCAACCACUUGACAAGACUGGAGGAGUCCAGCUUUGUGGGCCUCAGCCUGCUUGACGAACUCCACAUCGGGAACAACCGUGUGAGCUUCAUCGCAGACGGAGCCUUCCGAGGACUCUCCCACCUACAGAUGCUUGUGACUGCCAGCUCAAGUGGUUUCCUCUGUGGGUGGCGGAGCAGGCCUUCCUGCCCUACGUGAACGCCAGCUGUGCCCAUCCCCUGAUGCUGAAGGGCAAGAGCGUUUUCACCGUCAGACAGGAGGACUUUGUGUGUGACGACUUCCCCAAACCUCAGAUCACGGUGCAACCUGAGACCCAGUCGGCCAUCAAAAGCACCAACGUCACCUUCGUGUGCUCGGCGGCYAGCUCCAGCGACUCACCCAUGACCUUUGCCUGGAAGAAGGACAAUGAGGUCCUGAAUGACGCUGAAAUCCACAACCAGGCACACCUCAGAGCCCAAGGGGGAGGCCAGGGCCGUGAAACAGAGGUUACAGAGUACACCACCACACUGCAGCUACGCAGUGUAGAGUUCACCAGCGAGGGGAAGUACCAGUGUGUCAUCUCAAACCACUUUGGUUCCUCCUACUCCACCAAGGCCAAGCUCACUGUCAACAUGCUUCCGUCCUUCACCAAGAUGCCCAUGGACCUGAGUAUCCGGGCCGGUGCCACGGCCAGACUGGAGUGUGCCGCCGUGGGUCACCCGUCUCCGCAGAUCGCCUGGCAGAAAGACGGAGGCACGGACUUCCCCGCUGCCCGGGAGCGCCGUAUGCACGUGAUGCCUGAGGACGAUGUGUUCUUCAUCGUGGAUGUGAAGACAGAGGACAUCGGGUUGUACAGCUGCACCGCCCAGAACACCGCCGGAGCCAUAUCAGCUAACGCUACGCUAACUGUGCUAGAAACGCCCUCCUUCCUGCGCCCUCUCAUGGACCGCACCGUGGCCAAAGGGGAGACUGCGGUCCUCCAGUGCAUCGCCGGCGGCAGCCCUUCCCCCAGGCUCAACUGGACCAAAGACGACAGCCCCCUUGUGGUCACAGAGCGYCACUUYUUCGCCGCCGGCAACCARCUGCUCAUAAUCGUGGACGCAGCGGAGGGSGAYGCCGGGAAGUACACRUGCGAGAUGUCCAACACGCUGGGCACCCAGCGGGGCAACGUGCGCCUAGCCGUACUGCCCAACCCUAACUGUGACGUGGGGGUGGGCGCCUCGGGAGGUGUAGGCUCGGACGAGGAUGGCUGGACMACGGUGGGCAUCGUCAUCAUCGCRGUGGUGUGCUGCGUGGUGGGCACCUCGCUGGUCUGGGUGGUCAUCAUCUACCAUACGCGUCGGCGCAACGAGGACUGCAGCGUCACCAACACAGAUGAGACCAACCUGCCUGCAGACAUCCCCAGCUACCUGUCCUCUCAGGGCACGCUGGCCGACAGACAAGAUGGCUAUAUCCCCUCAGAGAGUGGCAGUGGCAACCACCAAUUCAUGGCUUCCUCCAUGAGUGGAUUCUACAUGCAGCCUAAAGACAUGAAUGGUCUGUGUCAGCUGGACACAGGAAGUGAAGCGGACAUGGAGGCGGCCAUAGAUCCCCUGCUCUGCCAUUACCAAGGACCCAUCAGCUCUCUCCUCAGGAGAGGCAACAUGUACACCGGAGAACCCAUCAGAGGGCUUUCACAGGUUGCUGGCACGCCUGACGAGCAUGCCAAGAGGAGCGAAAUACUAUCCGAUCUGCCUGGGUUGCACCCUCUAGGACCUUUGACCACGGGAAGCCCCAGUGUGCUGAUGCAGAUGCCCAACGGCAGCAGCUUCCACGGGCACACCACCUACUGCGGCGAGGCCCGCCCUCAUGGACGAGGGAGAUGGAAGCGACAACAGCAUGAUGCACACGACGAUAUCCCUAGCAGCCGCUGGACACAGGGACCGGACCGCGAAGGAAAGAACAAGACAGCGUUCCAAUCAAAGACUUUCUACAUCGGAUAUCGGAAAAAGAGCACGGAGCCAACAUAA